AUGACAAACCAAGAAGUCAUCAUCGACUUCAACAAGGGCACGGCGCUGCGCUAUCCCUCAUUCUGGCUCCGUGACCACUGUCCAUGUAGCGAAUGUCAGCACCCAACUACCCACCAGCGACAACUCGACACCUUCACGAUUGACCCGGAGAUCAAGGUAUCAAGCGUCGAAUCCACCCCGUCCGGGUUGGAAGUCACCUGGCCACCAUCAACCGCCACAGAACCAAAGCACACGAGCAUAUACCCAUGGGAGUGGCUCGAAACACACCCUCCCUUCAUCCAAGCGAGCAAAUCCCCUUCACAACCACAACCGCCGCUCCCAGCACAACGAUCAUGGACACAUAUCCCACCGGCGUCCUCGCCCUCUUCCCUCCCACGCGUCUCUUACGACUCCAUUAUGACGACCGAGUCCGGUCUGAUUUCAUUCCUUCACUCCAUCCACACGUACGGCCUCUGCUUCAUGCCCUCCACGCCCGCGACACCUGGCAGUACGCAAGAACUGAUCGAGCGCAUAUCACACAUCCGGGCUACCCAUUAUGGCGGCUUCUGGGACUUCACCAGCGAAGUCAACCCGAUCGACACGGCGUACACGAACGACCCGCUCCCCCCCCACACGGAUACAACCUACUUCACCGACCCGGCAGGCCUCCAACUAUUUCACCUCCUCUCCCACACAUCGUCUUCAAGCGACGACCGGCCAGGGCAAGGCGGCGAAUCCACAUUCGUCGACGGCUUCGCCGCCGCCACCUACUUACACAGACACUUCCCUCAGCAUUACCAGGCUCUUUCAACCUACCCUAUCACAUCAGCAGCUCUGGGCUCGCCUGCCGGCUCAUUUCUCAACACCGCCUCUUCGCUCCAAGGGUAUCCGGUGUUGAACCACUCAUCCGCGUCGACGGGGAUGUCCUCGCCCUCGCCGGCAACGCUGGUGCAGAUACGCUGGAACAAUUUGGACCGCCUGGCACCACGCACGCCGAUAUUCCCCAACCAUACGGCGCUGAAGAACUGGUAUGCCGCCGCGCGUGAAUGGGCUCGCAUCCUCGAGAGCCCGGAAUUUCUCCUCACGGUGAAAUUGCAGCCAGGCGAGCCCGUCAUCUUUGACAAUUGGCGCGUCUUGCAUGGAAGGCUGGGCUUUGAAGGAAAGAGGAGGGUCUGCGGUGCGUACGUCGGUAUGGACGAUUUCAGGGCCAAGUGUCGGAGUCUCGGGAUCGAGGUGUAG